AUGGCUUGGCUUCGUUCUCACCUCUCAGAGUUCGAGGUUUUCAAGUCAACUAACCUCUCAGAGAAGUUUCAUCAAAGGGUUCUUGAGUCCUUAAAUGAUGAAUGUGAGGUUAGAUUCUUCAUGACAUGGUUUUCACCAGCAGAUUAUUUCGGAAAUAGAGAGCUUCUAGCUGUAGAAAGCGUCUUUAAAACCCAUCCUCAAGGAUGCUUGAUGAUUGUAUCAGGAUCCAUGGACUCUCCACAAGGAAGUACCAUCCUUAAACCGCUACUUGAUCUUGGUUACAAGGUGGUUGCAGCCACACCAGACAUUUCAUUACUGCUUGAGAACACACCAGCCAAAACUUGGUUUCAAGAAAUGAAAAGCUGCAAAAGAGAUCCAGGAAGGAUACCGUUAUCUCAGAACCUUUCAAACCUCGCAAGGCUAGCGAUUCUAUACAAGUACGGAGGUGUGUACUUGGACACAGACUUCAUCGUCACUAGAAGCUUCAAAGGGUUGAAGAACUCAAUAGGAGCACAAACAGUGGUGGAAGGAGAUUCCAAGAACUGGACAAGGUUGAACAAUGCGGUUCUUGUCUUUGAGAAAGAACAUCCACUUGUUUACAGUUUCAUGGAAGAGUUUGCUACCACUUUUGAUGGUAACAAAUGGGGACACAAUGGUCCUUACUUGGUAAGCAGGGUAGUGAAGAGAGUGCAAGAGACGAUAGGGAAUAGCUUCACAGUAUUGCCACCAGUAGCAUUCUAUCCAUUUAAUUGGAUAGACAUUCAAAGAUUGUUUCAGACGCCAAGGAGCAGGAAUGACUUUACAUUACUCAAAGCUGAUCUGGUCAAGCUGAACAAAAGAAGCUACGGGCUGCAUCUGUGGAACAAGAUCACCAAAAAGAUUAAAAUCGAAAAAGGCACAUGUACUCUCUCUAACGUUAAGCCACCGUUCAAACCAAACGUUCCUCUUCCCAUGAGUACUAGUAGUAGCAGUGUCUCUGCUGUGACCUCAAAUCAACAAGAAAAAGAGGAGUUAGACCCGUUGCUACCUCCUCCUAAAGCUAGCAAAAGCGAGAGAAUUAGCUGGUUCAGAAGAAAGCUACCUGAGCUGGAGAUACUGAAGUCAACAACCAAGAGCAAAAGAUUCCACGGAAGAGUGUUGGAGUUGUACAACAACAAUUGCUCAGCUCAGUUCUUUAUGAUUUGGCUAUCUCCUGCAAAGUCCUUUGGACCAAGAGAGAUGUUAGCUGUUGAUACCCUCUUCACCACUAACCCUGGUGCUUGCUUAGUGAUUUUAUCCAACUCCUUAGACUCACCUAAAGGAUACACCAUCCUUAAACCCUUGCUUGAUCAAGGCUUCAACCUCGUAGCUGUGACACCAGACAUCCCGUUCCUAGUCAAGAACACUCCAGCAGAAGCUUGGCUCAAGAAGCUAAAGAGUGGUAAGAUGGAUCCUGGUUCCAUCCCUUUGUUCAUGAACCUCUCCGACCUAACAAGACUCGCCGUGCUCUACAAGUACGGAGGAAUCUAUCUAGACACAGACAUCAUCUUCCUCAACUCCAUAACUGGAAUAAGAAACGCAAUAGGUGCACAAAGUUUGGAUCCAAAAACCAAGAGAUGGACAAGACUAAACAACGCAGUGAUGGUCUUUGACAUCUACCAUCCACUUAUGCGAGAGUUUUUGCAAGAAUACUCCACAACUUUCGACGGAAACAAAUGGGGACACAACAGUCCUUACCUUGUCUCUAGAGUUAUCACCAGGUUAGGACACAAACCUGAGUACAACCUAACAAUCUUUCCACCAGACGCUUUCUAUCCAGUCAACUGGCUUAAGAUCCCAAAGCUGUUCAAGAAACCCACAACGACAAGAGAAGCAGAAUGGGUAGAGAAGACGGUACAAGACAUGAAGAAAGGGAGUUACAUGAUACAUCUAUGGAAUAAAGUCACAAGGAAGAUGAAGACUGAAGAAGGAAGCGUCAUGCAUAAACUCAUCAACACACAUUGCACAGUCUGUGGAAACAUUACAUAUUCCCACACUUAA